AUGGGAAACAAUGAUUCCCAUGUUGCAAGAUUUAAGGAAUAUUUGUACUCCACUUUUCACAUCAAGGAUUUGGGACCUCCCAAAUACUUUCUUGGCAUUGAAAUUGCCAGGACUGAUAAAGAAAUUUCUCUCAGUCAAAGGAAAUUUGUCUUGGAAAUCAUUUCUGAGGCUGGAUUAUCAGGGUGCAGGCCAGUAGUAAUUCCCAUUGAACAUAAUAUCAAGUUGAUGACACAUGAGUAUGAUCUUCAUUCUUCUACAUCAAAUAAAGAUCCAUUACUUAGGGAUUCGUCAGGGUAUCAGCGACUUGUUGGAAAGCUGGUAUAUCUUACCAUGACAAGACCUGGCAUAUGUUAUGCGGUGCAGAUACUCAGCCAAUUCAUGCAUAUGCCAAAAGAGUCACACAUGAAUGCAGCCUUAAAAGUAGUAAGAUAUUUGAAGGGAUGUCCAGAGCUCGGUAUAUUUUUAUCUCGUGAAUGUGAUAUGGGGAUGACAGCUUAUUGUGACACUGAUUAUGCUACCUGCCCGAUGAUUAGGAGAUCUAUCACCGGCUUUUGUGUUAAAUUGGGAAAGUCGUUGAUCUCGUGGAAGACAAAGAAGCAGUCUAUCGUAUCAUUGUCAUCUGCUGAAUCAGAAUAUCGAGCCAUGACAAAAACUACCUGA